AUUCACUAUAUCUGGUCUCCCACAGUACACACAACAUGGAAAUGCAAUUAUUUUAGUAAAUAUAAACUGCUUAAUACCUCUUGUGACUUCUAUUAGUGUUCAGCAGAGUACUGGUUAAAGCUUGUAGGAGGAGUUUUCAUUCUGCUCUAGGAGGAUGCAGAAACCCUGACCUCUGUCUGGACAGUGCUGAUUGGCCCUGUGCUGAUCACAUGCACUCUCCCAAGAAGAAAAAAAAAACCUCUCUAGCAAUACACACCAAACUGAGCAAGUGCAGAGUGACUCCACACAAUAUGUCUUAUCAAGAGAUAAGAGGGAGACAAUGGAAGAUGGGGAGGAUCAGAGAAGUCAGGAUUAAACAGCAGUUUUACACAAUUCAGAGGAUUAACCCCUUGGGUUCCACAGUGAGAAUAAACAAGCAUGCUUUACUGCAAAUACAGACUGAUUUUACUGUUGUGGGUUUA